AUGUGGCGCACGGCGUUGGCUCUUCGCUUCCAAGGGGGCGGGGCUUUGAAGCACCGGCCGCCACGGCGCGCGACGUACCAUGCGGUCAGUGACGCAAAGUCGGGAAAGGAUCGCUUCGACCUCGCCGAGUCUCUGCGCCGAGACCGAGAGGCGGCUGGGCGGAGAAAGUCCCUCCCGUGGCGUUCACGCUUGAGUGAGCUUCGGAUGUAUCCGUGGAAGUUCUUUGUAGCCUUUAUGCUUCUGUGGUCGUGGCUCGGGACGUACGUUGUGCCUUAUGUGAAGGGAAUGCGGCCUGGCGAGCUUCCUUCGCUGGGUAAUGGGCGCUGCGUCCCGCAGGAACUCCAGCAGCGUGCGACACCGAUGCCGCGCUUCAAACACCUCGAGAAGCAUACCGAUGGACACGAGUGA